AUGUCUUUCCUUCAUGGUGUUUUACAUAACAUUCAAGGCCAUUUAGGCCAGCAUAGAAAUAAAAUUGAUGAUGCUAUAAGCCUUCUUGAACGCAAUAAACACCGUGGCAAAGAUGGUUUUAAUGAAGCGAUUGUCAAGGUUGUGGAAGGGGUGAAGCAGUAUAAUGAGGGUGUCGAUGUAUCUCAUAAUAAUGUUAAAACGGAAAUAGAGUUAUUGAAAAAGCAUUUGAGGACGCUUAAAGAAAGCGUUAAUAGUUACAGUGAUCAUCAACAUGUCAACGAGAUUGACAAGAAUGUUGAGCAUUGUCUGCAUCAGGCUUACCAGUACAAGGAGGGCAUCGAAGGCCAAAAAACAAACAAUAUUAAAGACAUGCAAUAUGACCUGGCAAAUAAAGUUAAUAAGGCGACCGAAAUAAUAGAUUAUCAGCGCGCAUUGCUGAGUGCAAUUUGGAAGAAGCUUAAGACUGAUAGGGAUGAAGUGGUUGCGUUGGUUGAGAAGCAAAUGGAGGGGGCUAAAAAUUCAAUUAUUAAAAUCACGGUGGAGCAAAUUAGGGCGUUUGUUGGGAGAUUGAAUGUGGAGAUCGAUAAGCUGCGUCGCAAGAUCUGGGAUGUCGAUGCUGCAUUGCAAUCCCAUGUCAAGGCAAUGGAGACAUGGAUUAACAAGGCUCAUGAAGCCGUGGAGGCUGCGAUGAGAAAAGUUGCAGCGAUAUUAAAGGAGGUUGACAAAAGUCCGAGUAACGCUGAAAAUAAAAAUAAUCUUGAAAAGGCAAUCGGAAGUCUACAGGAGAAAGCUUUCAAGUUGUUCCGUGCCUAUGAAGCGGCGGAGAAAUGCCUGCCUGAUUUGAUUAGAGCAGUUAUGACGGCGGUUAACGGCUUGGAUGGAAAGAUUCGGCAGGAUCUGAAUGCAUUGAAGAGACAGAUUGACUCAACGAUUGAGGCGUAUGUUAAGGAGGCUCAGGAGGAGUUGGCGACGUUGAAAGAAAAAGUUGAAAGGAACAAGGGAGAUCAAAAUAAGGAUAAUCUGGAAUAUAAUUGGUUGGUUCUUAAGACCGAUAUGGUAUGGCUUAUUGACAAGAUCAAGGGGAAGAAAUCAGGAAGCCCAGAUUAUGAAGGUCUUCAGGGAAUCAAUGAGAAAGUGAAGGAUUAUGUAAAGAGGUUCACAGAAAAUGAUAUGUUUGAGGGCAUUGUAAAACAGUGGAUAACAAAGAUAUUAGAGCAGGACGUUUUAGUUAGAGAAUAUAUUGCUAGCUAUGUUUCCUUGAGCCAGGAGGAGGCCUUCGUUGAGGACUAUGUAAGCGUCUACAACAAAGAAUUCAAGUCAGAAAAAAUUAAGGAAAUUGCGGACCAAAUUAAGUUAAAGUUGCAACAGGGUGUUAUUACCGAAGCUAAGAAGAAAAUUGACGUAGUCGAUUCCAAAAUUGUGAAGAAUGUGGCGAAAGUAUACGAGUGUAUCACUACAUUUGUCGAGAAACUUGAUGUCAAACUGGACAAGAAACAGCUCCCGUCUCAGUCUAGACAGGAGUUUGUUACCAGCAUGGCCGAUGCGAUUGAGGAGAAGGUGAAGAAAAGUGUAACGUCGUACCGCACUAACAAAAACUUUCUCGAAUCCGCCGUGAAAGCCAUACUCACUGCCCUACGCUCUACCGCCAGUGAGGCUGCCGAAGAACUAAAAUCGUUUACGUGCACCGAGAAGUUAAACAUAAUGGCCAACGUUAAUAGGGCUAUACAAGAUGCGACAGAAAUCAAACAGAUAAUUGGUAACGGGAUCGGCAACGACAAUCAGCCGGGCAGCAAAAUCACAAAGGCGCUGGACACCGUGAAGGCAAAAAUUGACUUUCUUGACAGCAUUCUAUCCACCGACGUCCUUGGAGGUGAAAUCGACAAAGUUAUUAUGCCGUUUGUGAAAACCGGGAAGGAAUGGAGAGAAAAAAUGAAGACAUAUGCUGGGCACAUAGGUGAAGAUGACAAACUAGGUAACCAUGUCAAGGGUGAAAUUAAGAACCUUCAAGAAACAGCACUGAAAACAUUCGACCCUUUAAAAAUCACAGCCAAUACAAAUAAGAUCCAAGAAAACGUCAUCACGUUUUAUGAAAAACUCAAUGCUUUCUGCACAGCUAUCGUUAAUGCUGCUGCAAAUGGCGGAGAAAGCGUGUCUGGAAGAUUGGAGGAGUUGGAAAAUGUCUUAAUUUCGAAACUAAAUCCCAAAAUACCAGGCAGCUUAAAUAAUCUCCAUAAACAAUUUGACGAGUUGCAAAAAAAGUACUUGUAUCCUCUAUUUUCCGAAACAAGAAAAAUCAGUACAGAUGCUACUAUACAAGCUGAUGCUAUGAUUAGAACGCUCGAACGACAUGUAGACACUACGCUUAACGGCGCCAAGUCCACAAUCCAAAAUGACAUCAAAAGGAGAUACGUAAUUUUUUUCAAGGAACAGAUUGAGGCCUUUUCUAAGAAAGUCGACGAGGAGUUCAAGGGGCUCCCACAGCAAAUUGUGGACGAUGCCAACAAGGAAUCUAAGGGCUUUAUGAAAGAGCUGUAUAGACUAUCAAAUUCACAUAUCAAUAGGCAAUUACUUAAAGACGCAAGACUCUAUGAUUUGUCUUUUAACACAAAACAGUUUUUCAUUAAUCUGCUGCAAGCUCUGAUUGGCAAGUCUGAAAUCAUGCCCGUCACUUACCUCUCCGACCUGCAAAACAAACUAAACACAUUAUUUACUGAACUUACUAAAUAUGAUAAAAACUUUGUUAAUCAGUUGGACUUACUUAAUACAUACCUCUCCUCCAUCCGCCCCGCUUCGUACGCCACCGAAAGCAACCCCCUGCUCGACGUUCUUACAAAAGGCCUGAUAGGGAUGCACGAUGAGCUCAGCAAGGCGUACGUGUCGGUGUAUGAUAGUGAGCCGUGGGAUGCUGCGCAUGAAAACAAAUACGCAAAAAUAUAUUUCACGCUUUUGAAGACCGUAUGUCACGAUUUGAUCAGGUUAAGAGAGCACUGCGAUGGUGACUGCAAAGACAAGAAAAUAUGUUUGCUUGAAAUGUCGGACAGAAAACAAAUUGCCAACCCUCUCGGCCAGUGGCUUGAUAAACGAGGCUUCACGGUGUCGAAUUCUCCAGACAAGCAAAACGGCGAGUUGAACAAGGAGAAGAACACUGACGCAAUUAAAACGUUGCUGGACAAAACAAUUCCUAAAUCACAAGAUAAUUUACAUCUUCAGCAAUGCAUAUCACACAAAAAGGAUGGGUUCCCCGUAAUGGACAUCCUUGACUGUCUGUUCGAUCACCUCACUCAAUAUAAUAAAGCUAGCCACUUAAUUAUUCCACAAUCACCUAAGUCACCGUCUAGCGUAAACGAUAUGCUGCAUUGGCUUUCCGGACUCCGGUAUAAUUCCAUGCGGCAGCCAGUCGUGAGUGCUUUCAACGGGUUGUUUAGCGACGCAGAAAAAGGAUUGGCCGUGACAGCUCCACACGACGUCCUAAGAAAGAUACCAAACUCAACGCUGAGACCUAACACACUGGCAGGCACACUUACCGUAGUGUGCCGUCAAGCCGAAAAAACACUCAUCGCCAUCCAGGGCUACGGACAUUCCGACGGCCGUUAUGCCUCUGACUUCUCGAACAACUCCCGCAAUUUAAUGUAUCCCACUAACCCUGCUGCGUGCAUGGACAUGCUUAUAGAUAUACUGUGUAGGCUUCAACAACAAUUGUGUUUCCUCUACAGACAAUGUUGUUUCAUGAGUAACUGCAGUGGAUGGCGUGACUGUCAUUACGGUAAACACGUCGCUGGGUCAUCGUGGCAGUGCAACGAUAAGCAAUGUGCCAACCUGAAUUGUAAGCUAAGCCCUAACCAAAACACUAAGCAAAGUGCUACCCAAAAGGCUGACCAAAAGUGUGACCAACAUCCUACUUGUGGCGUGAAAUCACCUUUGCAGUCUUUCUUAGAAGACGGAUUGCAAGGGUUCUUGCCUCAUUCCUUUAAGACACCAGGUUGUAAGCUGGACUGCACUAUGUCUAAUCAUAGAGGCAUCCCGUGCAAGACGCCAAUGGGCUUUGCCGACAUCGGUAUGACUGCGUCGCAUACAAAGGACGGUGCGUAUCUCAGAGAUGUGCUCUAUGAUUUUUGUGGCGAUGCAACUAAACCGCUCAGCAAAAUUUGCACCUACUUCAACUGUCUCCUACAAAGGCCUCCGCAAAAUCUGGGUGACAUGUUCUCGUUCUACUUUAACUUAUUAUAUAAAUAUGAUCUCCAAGGCCAUGAUCAUAAGCGCGAUGCGUUUGUUAAAGCUGUCGAGAAAGCGUAUUUCGGCCAUGAGUAUCCCAAGUUGCAGAUUAGAUUCUUACAACUCAGCCAGAAACAUUCCGCUCGACACGACAAAGGUGACAUGUUCUCCAUCAUUAAAUGUGACGAUGAAGACGGAAAUCCAGCGCAAACCUGCGGUUCCUAUUUGAGUCCCAUCACCCAGCAUAUCAGUGGUAUGUUCUCCGCGGCAUAUGCCGACAAAUAUCUCUCCUGGAUCGUUUACCUCACAGAAACAUUCUACGAUUUACUUAAGAAACUAUACGACGAAUGCAAUAAUAAAUGUGGUCCAAAGGGAUCUAACUGCUUCACCAAAUGCUGUGUAAAGGACUGUCCAUUGACGAAGGAAAAACCACAACCCAAGGACAAUCAUGAUUCGUUGUGCAAAUCCAUUGUCAAAUGUCCUGCUAUGCUUCCGACAUUAUGCCAAUAUGGCUUCACAUUUGGCAGCCAAUAUGAUAUCAGUGGUAUGAAUGGAUCACCAUUAAAACGUACAUGUAACGAUUUCUGCAACGCCUUAGCAAAACUGCUCGGAAAUAAUUCUGUACUCAUCGAGCUUCGGCAGCAGAUCGACGAAUUCAUCUGGGCUAUAAGAGAGAGUUUCUCCAUUACCUUAUUAGCCCUCUGGUCGCUGUCGCUCCUGUACCUGCUGCACAUCACCGUCGUCCGCCUCGACGUCCUGAAGAUACGCUCCCACCUGAGAACGCCCUCAUCGCACCGCAUCGCCGCGCAGUCCCUCCUCGCCGCCGCACGCGUCAAGGCACUCGCCAACGUCAAGUACUUCUCACCAUAA